AUGCUGGUUGAGCUUUAUAUUGCAUCUGAGAAACGAUAUACAACCGAACAAGUUGGGAAGGUCACCACUGUUGAUGUGCAGAGACAGCAGUGGUCCCUAUCACCAGAAGCCAAGAAUUGUUUUUACAACAUUUACAAUGACUGGGAGCUAAAUGUUUGUGAAAAGUAUCAACAUGACUUAUUGCUGUCAGGUAAAAAAACCCAUUUAUUCACUCUAUAAAUAAUCUCGUAAUUUCGCAUGCAGAGAUGUAUAACUAGCAAUGUUAAUGUCUGCCAGUUGCCAGGCAAAUUAUUUUUUGCCGAGUUCCAUUCAAUAUAACCUAAUAUAUUAUACCUAAUAUAUUAUUAAAUGUAUCUCCCCUUCAGGAUAUUUCAGGCCUUUCAUGUGUUGUAAAUUCAAAAAUGUCUACAUUACAUCCCAUUUAAACAUUACGAUUUUUGACAUUAUAUUGAAGUUUAUCGCAUUCGUAUAUAUUGAACCUGAAGCUGAACCCUAAUCCAUCAAAGCUUCUAAUUUUCAAACUGCAAAAAGUGAUCUUCAUUAUCAUCUACACCACUACUACCCAAGUCAUGUGUAUACGUAGUCUCCUCCGUGCUUAAAAGUAAACUACAGUACCGCCCACAAACGUAUGCACACACACUCGUCCAGAGACAUUAACUGUUCAUUUUAAAAUAGUAUAUAUCCAUCGCGCUUAUACAAACAAACGAAAGCUGCACCGCAUAUGCGCACUGCCGAUCAGGGCUACCUGGCCCGCUCAUUAAUGGCCAGACAAUUAUUUAUUUUAUUUUUAAUUACAUUUCAAAAUCAAUAUUCCAGGACUCUUCGCACGAGGAAAUUCCCACAUCGUCAGAUUAAGUGUUCCCAUUCAACUUCUCCUUUCCAUGUUCUCCACAAGUGAUGAAACGUCCAUGCCCAACACAUCAUCUGCAUCAGCUAGUGCUUCUACAGAUGCCCCCACUUCUGAUGACAAUGACAAGCACAACAAAUCACUUGCAGCUGAAGAUACUAGCAUCAACCCUGCAACUGAUAAGGCACCAUCUAGCUCCCAACCCGAUAGUGAUGAUGUCAAUGGGACUGAUGCAGGUCCUCAUAAUGAUGCACAGACACCCAACGUUGUCUCGCAUAAUGCCAUCAAAGCUUCACAAACCAUUGUAAACAUGUGCCUUCAACAUGUCUGUAAGUAUAUGUAAUAUAUGUAUUUGUUUUACAUGCAAUAUAGGUUAUAGCACUUAUAUUACUGUAGCACUAACAAGUUUCCCAUUAUAUGCAUGCUGACUACCACUGAAUUAAAUAAAACAACCUCAGCGUGAAAAUUACUCUUUCCUUUCAAUAUUAUUUUGCCACGAAAACAUAUAUAAAGAUCACUAACUAUUUGUACAUACAGUAUACAGUACACAAGAAAAAAAUCACUACAAAUCGCGGUUCAGAACAAAUUAUGGUGACGCUACCUCAAGAAACCAUAUUUUCGCUUAUGCAUGUGAAGAGGACUCUCAACUUUUCACAGUUGUUAAGUUUAAAAACAAAGCAUUUUGUGGUAUUUAUUCUUCCCACUGUUUGCUAACCGUAUGGCCUAUGAAGUACAAAAAAUUACGGAUACGCUUGCCCUUGGGACGAGGAAUGCAAUACCGAACCCCUUAAUACAUUCGACAUCUUGGCAUGAGUUUCAAUACACUUAGUGUAUUACAGUUAUGUAUAAAAUAUACUAAAUAAACUGUACUUAAACAAAUGUAAUGAAGGAACGUUUUGGCCAUGCAUACAAAUUAUUUAUUUAUUUAAGUAUUUAAUUUAUAGUAUUUCAUUAAGUGUUAAUUAUACAUUUAGCUAUACCACAUUGACAGUUUUUUAUGCUCCAUGCAGAUAAAAAUCAAACUACCCGUGACAGGUUUACCAUUCACUUAUGAUAUGCUUUCAUCUACUUUAAUUAAUAGAAUUUAAAAUUCACUCAUAUAUAUUAUAAUCAGCGACAAUUGAAAGACUGAUUUUCAAAACCUGUCUGCCAAUAAAUGAAUCUAUUCAAUUACAAUUUCAUUUGCACAACUUCCCAAAAAUAAUGGUCUUACAGUUCAAUACCUACACCAAGCCACAUUCACAAUGCUUAUUAUGGUGUAACCAAUUCAUUCAUAACAAUUUCACAGUCUGCAGUCUCCUAUGUAACUCCUGCAUGUAACCACUGUCAUUUGACUGCACUGAAUGUCACAUUUUGUACCCGUAGGUAUGCUUCUCAAUCACCAACCCCCAAGUUGUUACAUACUCGGAAUUGAUAGCAUGCCAAAAAUAUAAUGAGAAUAAAACCAAUGUUUCACAAAUCAACAUUCAACCCACAGGGCACAAUUGAAUUAAUUAAACAGACGGUUAUUUCGUUUUUUGACAUCAUCCCUAUCGUUAUACAACAUCCCAUCUUAAAAGCAUGCCAACUGCAAUCAUAACAUUUUUUUUUAUAUAACAUCGUCUUUCUUUACGUUUUCUAGCUAUGAUGAACGGGAAAAACGUACUCUCAUCAGAAACAGCUAUACCGCCAUCCCUCCUACACACUACGGACGAGCUGAAAGCAUACAGACUUAUAUUGCUAACAUUGGGCAAAAUAGUAUCAGCAAGUGUACUAUUGAAAAAAAAUAAACUGUGAAAGAUUACAGUGAACGGAUUGACAGGUGCACCACUAUCCAAGCACAUGUUCAUAAAAAUUUCUGAGAAACACCUUGGUGAGCAUAAGACAUUUGUCAACAAAAGAAAUAACAACCAAGUAAGAAUGGAUUUAUUCACAAACAUUUUUUAUAACAUACUGUAAAUAGUAUAUCACCUAAUAAAAUACCAACCUCGCAAGCCAGGGUUGCGCUGUGCAGAAGUAAAAGACCCUGGCUUGCGAGGUUGAUAAAAUACAUUCCUGUAUUAUUCCUUUCUUCAUUUCAUUAAUUCUGACAUGUCUUUUACUUUCACUUGUUUUAUCUACCUUUCAUAAAAUUUCAUAUCCGACCAUCAACUUCAAUAAUGUGCUAUACAAAAUUCAAAUUAAUUUUAAAAUAUAACAUAAUUAUUGUGUACACAGAAUGUCAUCCAUGUAGAAACAAUCACAACUCUCCUAUUUUUAUUUUCUUUCAUUUCAACAGAUUUCAUUUCUAAUCAAACAUCCACUUCCUGAGGAUGAAAUGCUGCUUGAAGAUUUAGGAAAUCUCCUACCAUUUGGAAUAUCCCUGGAAUCAUAUACCAGUGCAUAUCGUGUUUCCAACGAUGAAAGGUAAUUAUAUUAAGAUUAAUGUUAAGGUGCCAGUGAGCACGGUUCCAGGCAGAUGUGUCCUGUGUCCACUCCCAUGCAUGCAUGCAUAAUUGUAUGUAUUGUUAUAUAUGCAUACACGAUGCAAUACGAUAAAUGGUCAUUAAAAUAACUCAAUUCAAACAUGUUAUCAUUACUUUUCCAGUGACCUUCAUGGAAAAGAUUAUGAAAAAACCGAAAACAAAGACCUUCUCUCGCCAAACAAGAAGCAACGUUUAGAUUAA